AUGACUAGCGCAAUCAAAUGGACGCUAUCUUGGAGUUUUGGCACGAUCGACGACAGAUCUAUGUGGGCUUUAUGGGCAACCAUCUGCUUAACGGUAAUGGUACCCGUCCACUCCCUCUUCCCAGGAGCGAUUCCUGACGAAGGUGAUGUGCGUCACCUUUAUCCGGUGACUCAAAUCUCAAUGGGUUUGGACAACCACGCUCAUGCUGUACCUUACCUCCUUGGCUGGUUAGAAAACAUUGAUUAUCCAAAGGAUCGCCUUCACGUAAUGAUCUAUCUACUCAGUAAAGAAGAUACCACUAGUGACCAGGUGAAGUGGUGGAAAGAUUCUGUCGCUUCGCUUUUCGCUUCACUGAAAAUCGUUGAAGGUGAGGAAAACUGGCUGGAAGCAGGAUUGAGGUCAGCGCGAUUACGUCGAGCCGGUCGAGUCCUUCUGUUAUCUGGUAAUACGAUUCCGAUGAGAAGUCGCUUACUUAGAGACCUCAAUUCAACGGCAGUUGUCAUGAGUGCGUUGUUCGAUGCGGCAUCGAACGAGGCAAACACCAAUUACGACCUGGUUGAAGAUAAUUAUCGAAAAAGAACUGUGGUUGAAAGGAAAGAGAUAAACAAAGCUGUUCUGCCUAUGCUUAUCAAUAUCGAUCUUAUGGAUGCCUCAUACCUUACAUUUGACGCAGAAAACUUGCCGAAUUAUGUAGGGGACAGUGAUCCCUUGGAGGUUUUUGCUGAAGCGGCGCGGCGGAUGAAUGUGAAAUUAUGGAUCGACAACCUGAAAUAUUAUGGUUUUUACAUUGACGAAAACCUCGAAGUUGAUAGUCGUCGAAGAGCGCUUCGAUAUUUGCUUGCUGAUCUUGCUGCCGAUGGUCAGCAGCUUCCUAUUCCAUCCCAAACUGUGAGAGCUUCUGUUCCUGAACCACAGUUGUGGGAUGUGGACAAAAUCUAUAUGAUCAACUUGAAACGCCGCCCAGAGAGAAGAACGAGAAUGGAAAAGAUCUUUGAAAUCUUAGGUGUCGAUGCUACUUACUGGGAGGCUACCGAUGGUCAAAAACUGCCAGGCGAAUUCGUUUAUGAAUUACUUCCGGGAUAUCUUGAUCCGUUCCACAAAAGGCCCAUAAAAGCGGGUGAAAUUGGAUGUUUCCUGAGUCAUUACAGAAUCUGGCAAGAUGUAAUCAAUCGCGGUCUGUCACGAGUCAUUGUGUUCGAAGAUGAUCUGCGUUUUUCUGAUGAUGGCUUGGAAAGAAUCAAAGAAGUGCUUGAAGAUCUGGAUGGGUCGAAAAUGGAAUGGGAUUUGAUUUACCUGGGAAGAAAGAAGCAAGCUGAUCAAGCAAAAUUGUGGGUACCAGAACAUCGACAUUUGAGUACGGUCGGUUAUUCUUAUUGGACACUUGGUUAUAUCCUUUCCAAAAGUGGCGCUCGAAAACUGUUAGACGCAAAGCCCUUGGAAGCCCUAUUGCCAGUCGAUGAGUAUCUGCCAAUUAUGUUUGACAAACAUCCAAAUAAGAUAUGGUCAUCCUAUUUUCCCAAUCGAAACCUACGAGCAUUUACGCUCUACCCACUGACUGUAUUCCCGCAACGAUACACUCAUGAGGAAGGCUAUGUUAGCGAUACUGAGGAUUCUCCAAUAGUUGCUAGAGAAAUCGAUAGUAAAGGUUCGAAGAAGAAUUACAUCUCGAGAUCGGUGCGGCGCCCACAGAGCCUGCAGAAGCAGUCUCCGCCACCAAUGGGAUGCGUAUGGUCAAGCGCGGAUCUUGUUGGAGGCGGUUACCGUAUCAAAAUUGUAAAAAAAAUUGCCGAAGGCGGAUUCAGUCAGGUUCUUCUCGCUACGGACAUAGAUGCCGGAGAGAGCUUUGCGGUGAAAAAAAUCGCAAAUCACUCACGAGAAACGGCGGAGAGGAUCGCGAAUGAGACUGCGAUACAUAGUCAGUUGUUUGGCGUUCAAAAUGUGGUUCCGCUCUUGGCGACAAUAGAAGCCGAUAAUGCUGUAUAUUUAGUGUUUCCAUUUUAUAAAAAAGGUUCUGUUGGAGACGAUCUGCUUCGAAGGCGAGCGAUAAAUGAGCACUUAAAUCAAGCUCAGGUUGUGCGUAUUUUUCAUGGUUUAUGCUUAGCUGUACGUGCUCUUCAUGAGUUGGGUUAUGUACAUAGAGAUUUGAAGGUCGCCAAUGUUAUGAGAGCAGAUGAUGGUACACCGUUAUUGACAGAUUUUGGGUCUGCUACUAGGAUUCCAAUUCGGAUAGAUAAUGCUCGCGACCAGCAACAUGCAAUUGAUGAAGCUGCUGAGCUAUGUUCGAUGCCGUACCGAGCUCCCGAGCUCUUCGAUUGUCACAUUGGAACAGUAAUCAGUGAGAAAGCCGAUCUUUGGUCUCUUGGUUGUUGUCUUUACGCUCUUUGCUACUUCGUUUCACCAUUCGAUCUCGUCUAUGAAAAGGGCAACAGCGUUGCAUUGGCUGCCCAAAGUCCCGAAAAGAUACAGUAUCCUGAAACGGGACUGUACGACAAGCGAUUAAUUGACAUAAUGAGGCGUCUUCUAGUUGUGGAUCCCAUCCAUCGAAUGUCUAUAGAGGAUGUCAUCAAAGUAAUGGCAUCAUUAGCGAAGGAGAUGUCGCAGAAUGCAGCAAAUAACAUAGUUUGAAUUAUUCACAAGUUUGAUUCUGUGUGACAGCAUAUUUCCAAACAUUCACUUAACAAGCUUUUGCACGCCGCGGUUCCUGAAACUUUACAUCAACUCAAAAUCUAAGGGUAGAGCAUUACAUAUUGUCCACUUAUCACAUUUCACCUUACCUCUUUGUUGAUUUUGCGCUGAACUGUAAAAAUUCUUCCUUUGUAUGCAAAUUUGUUCAUUCUGUGGUAUAGAGAAUUGUGAUAUCAAAAAUAUUGAGGGUCAGUCAGCACAUGUAUAUUCGUCUUUUCAAAGGAAUAAACUUUGCUCGAAC